AUGCAUAUUUCUGCGCUGCUCUACUCGCUCGGCGCCAUCUCGACCCUGUUUUCCGGCGUCGUAGCCCACCCCAAUCUCGAAUGGUAUCAAACCCGUGACCUCCUCGGCCAACAAGACGUGGUCCGACCCAGCACCCUCAACGUCGCCGCGACCGGCGCCGAAGACCCUCACGUCUCUUCGCCUCUGCGCCGACGAUCCUGCGCAGCCAAGGCGAGGCAACGUACGGCCGUCGCGGCAAAGUCCAAUUCGGAUGUGAGACUUCAAUUGGCGAGCACGAAGGGGGCGUCGACUCAUAUUCGGACCACGACCAAAGUCUCUGCUUCGAAGAAGAAGCAUACGAUCAACAGCAAGCACCACCGCAAGUCCAAGGCUAAGAAGAUCAAGACGCCCGUCCAUAACCCCAAGCAUCGAACGAUCCGCAAAACAACGCCCAAAAAGAUGGAGACCACCAAGAAAAAGACGGUCUCGACCAAGAAGAAGGUGACGAACAAGAAAAAGACCACACACAAGAAGAAGAAGGUGACGACCAAGAAGGCGUCCGGCGUCAAGGCCAAGCUCGAUUCCAAGACGGGCAAGAGUUCGAGCAGCGGUUCGGGCGGCACGGUUUUCACGUCCAAGAACAACGGCGAUGGUCCCGGUCUCUUUGGCGUGUCGACGAGUCAGUGCGGUGCUUCGGGUGCGACAGAGUCGAUCACCAAGUCGUCUGGACCCAACGGCGCCGAGUCUUGGCUCAACUGCGGAUUCUCAACCUCGAACCCCAACGCGGGCUGGGUACGUCUUGUCCUUGCAUGCAUCGUCCCGAGGGGCCAUUACCGAAAGCUCACCGUCUUAUAUCUUCCUCAUGCAGAACCCUCCCUACAUCAAGAUUUCCCAGCUCCGUGCGCGGACCAUGGAAGAAGCCCUCGCCAUGCCCAACUCAGUCUUUACGGCAUGCAAGCCUUACGUCUACCUCUUCGAGAAGUACGGGUCGCAGCUCGGCCUGCCGCCCAUCUUGCUCGCCUCGAUCGCGAUGCAGGAAUCUUCGUGCAACGCCGGAACUAUGGGUGACAACGGUGGAGCUUGGGGCUUGAUGCAAAUCACGUAUGCUGUUUACCUUACGCCCUCCCUUUCCUGAAUACACUGGUUUGCUGAACCCUCGCCUUCUUUGACGUGACCUGAACAGCUCCGACAAGUGUGGUAACGCACCCAACGGCAACUGCGCCGAUCCGGACUACAACGUCGGCACGGGUGCUCGAUACCUCAAGGGCCUCUUGGAUCAACAGAACGGCGACGUCUUGGUUUCGCUUGGCAUGUACAAUGGAUGGUCAGUCCGAAAAGGCUACGAUGAGGGCUCGCCGCUCAGAUCCACUGGUGCUGAUGCGCUCUCCCGCCUUCACUCUGCGAUCGCAGGUACCGAGGUUUGACUUACUACGGCGCGACCAAGAUCAAGGACUCGUGCUUCCAGUGCCAGAACAACGGCGACUACCACCAGCAAUUGCUCAACGGAUGGAUGCAAGGCAUCGACGGUAGCCAGCUCGGCACGAUCUGCAACAUCGGCUAA